GCUGCACAUCGCGGUGGCGCAGGGCGCUGUUCCCGUCGCCCGCCGCUUGGUGGCGCUGUUCCUGCGGGGGGUAAGUGGCGCGACCUGGACGUGUACAACCACCUGAGACAGACCCCGCUGCACCUGGCGGUGAUCACGGGCCAGGUGUCGCUCGUCCGCCUCCUGGUGUCGCACGGCGCGUCCCCGAUGUGCCCGGACCGCCUGGGCCGCACAUGCGCACACCUCGCCUGCGGCUCCCACCUGGCCGGAGGGGGCGGGGCCACGGCCGGGCCACGCCCCCGCGUCCUGCGCGAGCUCCUGAGGGGCCCCGGGGGCGGGGCCGUCGAUCUGCAGGCGCGGGAUUAUGAGGGUCUGACCCCCCUACACGUGGCCGUGGCCUCGGGCUCCCGCGAGAGCGUCCUGCUGCUGCUGGAGCACGGGGCUGAUGUCGAUGCCGGGGACAUCAAGAGCGGGCGCUCGCCGCUGCUGCACGCGGUGGAGAACGACAGCCUGGAGAUGGCCGAGCUCCUGCUCCAGCACGGUGCCAGCGUCAACGCGCAGUCCUACGCCGGCUGCACCGCCCUGCACGCGGCCGCGGGCCGGGGGCUGCUGCGGCUGCUGCGGCUCCUCCUGCGCUGCGGCGCCGACUGCGGCCUCAGGAACCUGCACAACGACACGGCUGCGGCCGUGGCCGUCAGCGCCCAGGUGGGAAAAUCACAAAUUUGCAUAAAUUUGCAUAAAUUAGAAUGUGUUUAG